AUGCAGAAUCUUAUCAUCUACAAUGUGACCAUCUUAUUCUUCUGCCUUGUGUUUUCGGUAUCGGUGAAAAUAAGCCCUUGUGCAAAAUGGAAUACCAAUGGAGUCACAAUAGCCGGUAGCGGUAUUGCUGGAAAUUUUUCAACUCAGCUCGCACUGCCCCAUGGAAUUUUCAUUGACAAAAAAACUAACACCUUGUACGUAGCUGAUUUCGGCAAUAAGCGCGUUCAACAGUUUCCGCUUAAUCGACCAUCGACUGGUGGUAUCACUGCUGUAUCCAACGUGGUCGAUCCAAACAGGAUCUAUGUUGAUGAUGAUGAUGAUGAUGAUGAUACGGGACCGACAAUCUACAUUGCUGUUUUUAUUGGUAAUCGAGUCGAAAAAUGGACCAAAGGAGCAACACGCGGAGUCCAAAUCGGUGAUGAAUGUCGCUCGUGUUCGGGAGUGUCGGUUGACAGAGAGAAAAAUGUCUACAUGUCAGAGUCCGAUAGACAUCGUGUGCUUAAAUGGUCGCCUCGCACGAACACAACAAUAAUCGUUGCUGGAAAAACCGAUGACAGGGGAUCAUCGAGCGAACAGCUAAGUGAUCCCGAGGCGAUUUAUAUCGAUCAAACCAGUGGCACAUUGUAUGUGGCCGACUCUCGAAAUAAUCGCGUUCAAAAAUGGACGAAAGAUUCGCGAGAGGGUGUCACUGUAGCUGGAUCGAAAACGGAUAGCCCAGGAACAGAUGAUGGAUCGUUGGAUGAUCCGGGCGGUGUAUGGGUGGACGAAGAAACGAACAUUGUGUAUGUAGCGGAUACAUUGAACAACAGAGUGGUAAGAUGGCUACCCGAUUCAUCGAAAGGUGAUACGAUUGCUGGUGGAUUCGGUUCAGGCAAUGCAACGAAUCAAUUUAACACACCGAACGAUUUGACAUUUGAUAGUGAAGGCAAUCUUUACGUCUGCGACAAUUGGAAUCAUCGUGUACAAAUGUUUCAUAUCAUUGAUAAUCGACCAUGUACCCCAACAUCGACAGCGGAUACGACACUUCAAGUUUUGUGUCCAUCGAUACUACCAGCGACAACGACUCCAUCGCCAGUGGUGCCCGACGAUGGCAUUUGUACGAAUGCUACAUGGAACCCAAAUGGAGUCACUGUAGCUGGAGGAAAUGGCGAGGAAUCAUACAGACUGUACGUCCUAUAUCUAGAAAAUCUCUACGGUCUGUCUUUUCAUCCGGUGUGCAAAUCAUUUCAUCUGAGACAAUCGAAAGAUAUUUUAUUUUAGAAUAGACCAAGUUAAAAAUGAACAAAAUUCAAAUAUUGUCGUACAGUAGAUUCAAUUUCCAUUAAAAUUUUCUCGGGGUGGGUUGCAAAAUAUGUUUGCUGCCAUUGGAAGUCCUUUCUGCAUUGCUUCUAGGGUUCGGCUUUGAACCAACUACGCUAUCCUUGGGGAUUCUUUGUGGAUGAUGAUGCUGUCGUUUAUGUUGCGGACACUUGGAAUUUCAGAGUGGUCAAAUGGGCGUCUGGAGCAUUCAGUGGUCAAGUGAUGGCCGGCGGAAACGGGCAAGGCAAUCAGGAUAACCAGCUAAAAUAUGCUGCAUCUAUCAUAUAUGAUGUUGCACUAAGUUUACAUAGCUGCAAUCAUAAUGAAUAAGACGAAUGGUAGAACAUGAUUUUUGAACUGUGCUCUGACAAAACUUGCUGUCGACAAGAACGGAACCAUAUUUCUUUGUGAUCGUGAUAACAAGCGAAUUCAGCGGUGGUUUAAAAAUGACAAUCAUGGGCAAACAAUUAUUGCAAAUAUCUCAUGUUGGGGUCUGGCGAUGGAUAACAAAGAAACGUUGUAUAUCUCUGAUCUUGAGAAGCAUUGUGUAACGAAAUGGCCUGGUGAUCAGAUAGUUGCUGGUGGAAACGGACAAGGACAUGCACUUAAUCAACUCAGCGAACCUGCCGAUGUAUUCGUCGAUCAUGAUAGGUCAGUUUUCGUGGCCGAUUAUGCGAAUGAUCGUGUCAUGAAAUGGCCAGUCAACGCCAAAGAAGGCAUUGUUGUAGCUGGUGGUAACGGACAGGGGGAUAGUGUCAAUCAAUUGGAUGGAAUGAAAUAUUCAAGAAUGAUGUUAUCUCCUAGAAUAGCUACUCGUCAAUUUGACGAAUAAAGCGAAAUUCGUGGACUUUGAAAAACUCGUCCCCGUUCGGUUGUCAUUGACCACAUGGGUACCGUCUAUGUUGCUGACAGUAUAAAUCAUCGCAUCAUGCGUUGGCCCAAAGGCUCAAAAGCCGGUAAUGUCAUUAUAGGUGGACAAGGUAUAGGCGGUGGAAUAGCUCAA